UCCAGGAACCAAACUCGGGCGGAGUGGCCGAUAGAGCGGUACCACGCCGACGCCCCGAGUGUGUCCAGCGUUCGCGACAGUUCAUGGAGCGGGCAGCAGGCGUCAGGCAACAUGCACCUCCCGAAAUUCCGUCAGAAGAGCUAUAAGGCCACAAUCGACGAAAAUGCGCCAGUAUCCUCCUCGGUUAUGUCGGUUUACGCAACGGAUGACGACAUAGACGAGAACGGCAUAGUGGAAUACGUGUCGAGCGACUCUCACUUCGGAGUUGACCACAGCGGCCUGGUCUACGUCAAGGAGCCUCUAGAUUACGAGAGCUCGGGGGGCAGAUACAUGUUCUUGAUCUAUGCCCGCAACCCUGGCACCGCCAUGCCCAUGUGGGCACAAGUGCCCGUCUCUGUGGUCAUCCGAGACACGCGGGAGGCGCCUGAGUUCGACUCGCCAAGCUACAACUUCGCCAUAUCGGAGUUCUCGCUGCAAGGCGAAUACGUUGGCCGGGUCAUUGCUUGGGAUCCUGAGCGGUCGCUCGUUACCUACAGCCUCGCCAUGGUGUCUCCUCCCAACCACUUCGUGGUGGACGCAGCGUCUGGCAUCAUCUCUGUUGGCGAGCGCGGUGGCAGCGACAAGUUCAGCUACACGUUCCAGGCCGUCGCCACGGACGAGGAGGGCGCGUCUUCUACCGUCCCUGUCAGCGUUAAGAUCAUCGCGUACCGGAUCUCUAGCACGGCAGACGAGAACACGCACCCUCCUGUGUUCACGGAGUGUCAGAGCUAUCAGAACUUCAUGAUGAAGGAAAACCAAACGGAUCCCGCCAACGUCAUCAUCGUAAAAGCGACAGACAGAGACCAAGGCGUGCACGGCCAAGUGACCUACAGCUUCCUGGGCAACAUCGAAGACUUCGUCAUCGACGAGCGCAGCGGACAAAUCUCCACCACAGCGCCCCUGGACCGCGACAUGGGGCGGAAGGAGUACUUCAUGACGGUGGUGGCGCGGGAUGGCGGGUCGCCGCCCCUCGAGGGCUCCUGCUCCUUCGAGGUCAUCCUUGAGGACAUCAACGACAACGUGCCUGUCUUCGACCAGCCGUCGUACUCCCAGGACAUCCCAGCAGACAGCGAGACGCACGUGAACCUGUUGCGCGUGACUGCGUCUGACGCAGACUCUGGCGUCAACGCCGUCAUCCAGUACAGCAUCUCGGGCGGAGACGACUACUUCACGAUCCAACCUGACUCCGGCUACAUCAAACUCGUCAGGCCGCUCUCCGAGGACAUGGCGAACGUACGCGCGUUCAGCCUGAGCGUGCAAGCAAAAGACAUGGGCACUCCGGCCCUGUCGAGCUCGGCCAGCGUGCGCAUCAACGUCGUGGGCUCAGAUCAAGUGGCGCCCUCGGUGGUGGAGCGGGACCCCAGCCCUCAGGUCAGGGAGAACGCAACCAUCGGCACCAUCGUCGCCCAGCUCUGUGCCACGUCUAACACGGACAACAGAGACGACGUGUACUUCACGCUCUUCGCUGGCAACACUCCCUCUAUGAACGGCGACGGAACCUUUGAUAUCAGGAAGGACGGCACAGCGAGCUGCCCCCUCAACACCGUCGGCGCUGUCAUCUACGUGGCGGUGGCCAACAUGGACUACGAGGUCAUCACCGCGUACAAGCUCAUCGUGCAAGUCUCAAAUUCGAACGCUCGCAUCGACCACUCACUGACCGUACGCGUGCUUGACGUGAACGACGAGAUGCCGCUGCUGCAGCACCCCUUCAGCGGCGUCAUCAGCGAGAACAGCGACCCUAACUCCCUCAUCAUGACGGCCACGGCCAUCGACAAGGACGUGUCGCCGGAGUUCAAGCAGUUACGGUACAGCAUCAAGGCGGACGCGCCCGUGGAAGUUCGUACGAACUUCCGCGUGGACCCGAACACAGGCGACAUCUGGACGCUGCACACGCUCGACAGGGAGAAGAAGAGGAGCUAUGGAGUGCCCAUCGAGGUCACGGACGGCGCUCCCGGGCACAAUCGUCACAACCUUUAUUGGAUUACAAUAAACGACGUGAAUGACGAGCCUCCAACUUUCAACCUCAACCUCGGCGUCUAUAAUGUCAUGAUUCCCGAAGAUCUCGAAAUCGGAAAAGACACCGGCAUCCAGCUCGUCGUGGAUGAUCUCGAUGAUGUUAACGAGUUUAACUACCAAAUUAUCUCUGGUAACGAGGCCGACAAGUUCGCUAUCGACGCCAAAACCGGCACUGUAACCGUCAACAAAAAGCUCGACUAUGACAGUCCCGUGAACGACCGCAUGUUCGAGAUGUCGGUGACGGUCAGUGAUGGUCGCUCCUUCGACACCACCGGCAUCAAGAUCAGCGUAACUAACGUGAACGACCUGCGGCCAGUGUUCUUGCCUCACACCUACAACAUCAGUGUCGUCGAGAACCAAGAGUGCGAUGUGCAGAAGGUCCAGGUACGAGCGUACGACCCCGACCUGCCUGCUGAGCAGGAGGACCAGGGCAUCAGGUACUACCUCGACCUCGAGCAGACCAGGAACUUCACCAUCGACAGGAUGACUGGCUGGGUCUCCGUCAGAGGCUGUCUGGACCGCGAGGCAACGUUCGGUGGCACUGAGAUCAUCAACCCACGAGCAGACGAUGGAGGAGGUAAAGGCAUCAACGCUGAGCCUGGUGUCAUCAAUGUCAACAUCAUCGACGUUAAUGACAAUCAUCCUUACAUCAAAGUCCCCGACAACAGCAGAGCGCGGGUGCGGGAGAACCUGCCGCCAGCGAACGUGCCGCCGAUCCCCAUCCUGCUGGACGAUGCGGACGCCCCUGAGCACGGCUGCCCCUGCACGCUCGAGUUCCACCACGACGUCGACCCUCUCAUGCUCACCCUCUUCAGGGUCGAGAGAGACUCCGUCAACAACAAAUAUCAGCUGAUCGUGCAAGAAACGCUGGACCGGGAGAAGCAGAAGCGCUACCUCGUUCCCUUCGUGACGAGUGACUCGCAGAACGUGUCAGGUCUGCGUCAUCUCACCAUCGAGGUGGAUGAUGUCAAUGAUAACCCCAUGACUGAUGGCUCCGGAACCAUCACUGUCUAUAAUUACGAGACUUCAUUCGUGCCUUUGGGAAAAUAUCCUGACAUCGUGAUCGGAAACGUUUACGUCACGGAUGCCGACGACCACGAUUCAGGGGACAAGACCUUCGAGGUUGACCCCAUGACGGCAGCGGACGCCGAGGAGCAGUUCCAAGUCAAGAAGGAGACCGGCAACAUCACCAUGAAGGCGGGCACCAAGGCCGGCACAUACACUUUGUUCGUUCGAGUAACGGACCACGCGCGCAGCGAGACGGCCAUAGGGAGGCAGGUGAUCCAGGUGGUGACGCUGCCUGAGCGAGCCGUGCGCCAGAGCGGCUCCUUCAUCGUGGCCGGCACCACCGCUCACGACAUGGUCAACAAUAAUGGGAACGGACCGAGUUUGUAUCAGCGGCUGCGGACACGACUUGCUUCCGUGUUCGGCGUGGCUACGGAAAACAUGGACGUCUUCUCCAUCACGGAAGCGGAAGGCGGCGUCCUGGUGCGGUACAACUGCCAUGGCUCGCCAUACUUCACCGAGCCCCGGCUCAACGGUAUCCUGCUCAGCAAAAAGUCGGAGGUGGAAAAGGACUUAGGAAUCGUCAUUCCCCUCGUUGACACAGACAAAUGUCUGUACGAGAGUUUAUCUCCUUGUUCCAACUCUAGCUGCAACAUGGAGCUACGCAUCAACUCUACCCACCCAGCGGUCUUUGGUAGUGGAAACUCAACUGUCGUUAGUAUUCAGGUAGACGAGUAUUACGCGUGCACCUGCAGUGGCGAUCAUCACUUCCACGGCGAAGACGACGGCGAUCUCUGCGAAUGUCUGAACGGUGGCAAGUGUCUAUCAUCGUCAAACCCAACUGCAUGCACCUGCCCUGAUAAGGUUAAUUACGGACCAAAGUGUGAGCUGCUCUCAGCAAGGAUGAACAAAGGCUUUUCUUGGUUCAGUCCUCUCGACACUUGUGAGAGAUCGUCUCUUUCUCUUUCUUUCGAGAGCUCAGAGGAAGCUGGCAUACUGUUGUACAAUGGCCCAAUCGUCGCGAAACCUUACUUUGAAUACCCUAAAGAUUUCGUGUACAUAUACUUCGAUAACACGCCCAAAGUAGUUGCCUAUCUGGAAUUGGGAACAGGGACUAUGGUACUAUCAGUUCCUUUUUCACAAGUGCAAGACGUGCGCGUGACGGUUGUUCUUGAAUGGGGCAACGGAGGCGUAACUCUUACAGUACGCAACUGCAGUGCCACUGAUCCGUGUGAGGACUCAAAACCCUUGUUGGGCGAUUCACCGAGUUUCCUGUUCAAUACGGGAGGUCCCCUCCAACUUGGUGGCAUGGCAUCUAUGCCUUCAUUUGCAACGCUCGCACAAAGCUACGGUUGGAGUGUUACUCCCAAAAGCAUGCCAUACUUCACUGGCUGCCUCUCAUCUCUUCAAUUCAAUGACCAAUUCUAUGAUCUCAACGCAACAGACUAUUUCGCUAACUUCCAUCCUACCUGCGCUGAGGUGAAAAUGGAGGCCGUCGUCCAACUUGGGGCAGAGUCCAUCGUCAUCAUCAUCGUCUCGCUGCUCCUGCUGCUCAUGUUGCUGCUAUUGCUGCUGCUGCUGGCGCGACGCUCGAAGCGACAACCUUCGUACCCUGACCAUCUCCAGUUCGUGAACCAGACCAUGGGUGCCAGUAACCUGGAGGGCUUCGAGGAGAAGGAUGCCACUAAGUUCGACCUGAACAUGCUUAGAGUCACGCCUGACGGCCAACUCCUCUCGGCUGAGAAAGUGCCGCGAGCGAUGCCGGACGUGACGUACACGGAGCCGCUCUCCCGCGCGCCGCUCGCGCACAUUCCAGAGGGCUGGUGCGUGGGCGACUACAUCGAAGACUCGCUCCAGAAACUCCACAGCGAGCCAGAGUCGCUCGACAACGUCCGCCAUUACUGCUAUGAAGGCGACGAUAUGAGCAUCGCCUCACUAUCUUCCCUUAGCUCAGGUACGUCUGACGGCGACCAGCCUGCGCACUACGACGAGUUCCAGGAGUGGGGGCCCAAGUUCGAGCGCCUGCACCAACUCUACGGCCAGGACAACAACGCUGAGUCGGACAGUGAAUUCGACUUCCCGCCUGUACCAAAAGACGCUGCCCGGCAGUACCGCAGAGCGCGUUUCUAUCAGAACAGACCCUCAAGACAAGAACCUGCCGCUGACCUGAGGGCGAGAAGCCCUCAGCCCUACCAAAGACUGAGGGAUAUCGGUGGUGGUGAGGGACCACUAUACCACGAAAGCGUGAACCCCCUGGCCGAUGUCUACAGUGGAGGGGCAGAGUCAUGGUGCUAGCAAUGAACGUUCCCUAGUUUUUUCCUAGGUUCCCUUAAUACCAAGCUACUUUCUUCGAUGUAGUAAGUAUGCUUAUAAGAUUGAAGUCAAAACUUGACUGUAAACCACACCCAAAGAAAUCAAGUCUUCGAUCUUUUAAAUUAAAGUAUUUAGGAAAUAUUUUUACCGUCCGAUUUUCCGAAAACGUU